AUGGAUAACUUGUUCUACUUUUUUUCUUUUCCGAUUAUGUCUUUUCUGUGUGACCCAUUCGAACCCCACCGGAAGCAUUUGGAAAAGGAAAAACGAAGAACAGAAAAAGAAAAGGCCGCGCACACAGAAAUAAAGGGAUCUGAAAAAUUUGUACGUAAAUCACUAAAGGUGCUUGUUUCUUCACGGCAUCUCAUCUCGUUAGACAUAGUCAGUCAGAAGAACGUCCAACUGCACACAAUGGGUGUCCAUUCAUUUUGGGAUAUUGCAGGCCCCACGGCGAGACCUGUAAGGUUGGAGUCCCUGGAAGACAAGAGGAUGGCGGUCGAUGCCUCUAUUUGGAUCUAUCAGUUCUUGAAAGCUGUCCGUGAUCAAGAGGGAAAUGCCGUGAAGAACUCGCACAUCACUGGGUUCUUCAGAAGGAUUUGCAAGCUGCUAUACUUCGGUAUUAGGCCUGUCUUCAUUUUUGAUGGUGGCGUGCCCGUAUUGAAAAGAGAGACCAUACGGCAAAGGAAAGAAAGAAGACAGGGGAAACGAGACAGUGCGAGGUCUACGGCAAGGAAGCUGUUGGCUUUGCAAUUACAAAAUGCUGCAAGCGAUGGCAGCAAGAAAGCCGCACAGAACAGCGGCGGUAGUGUUCAGAUCUUCAAACCUCAUGACGAAUGGGAUUUGCCCGAAAUACCGGGGUUCAAGUACGAUAAAGAAGAUGCAAGAGUUGAUUCUAACAAGACUUUUGAGAAGUUAAUGAAUUCCGUCGACGGCGAUGGACUGGAGGAUAUUGAUUUGGACGCCAUAAACCCGGCGUCCGCUGAAUUUGAAGAACUGCCCAAGGCUACGCAGUAUUUGAUAUUAUCGUCACUGAGGCUGAAGUCCAGACUAAGAAUGGGAUACUCAAAGGAACAGCUGGAAACCAUUUUCCCGAACAGCAUGGAUUUUUCGAAGUUCCAAAUAGAUAUGGUCAAAAGAAGGAAUUUCUUCACUCAAAAGUUGAUCAAUACUACUGGAUUUCAGGAUGGUGGGGCAUCUCGGUUAAACGAGGAAGUGAUCAAUAGGAUAUCAGGUCAAGAAAAUAAGGAGUACAAGUUGACAAAGACCGAUAACGGGUGGAUUCUUGGGUUAGGCACGAGCGAUGGUUCUGAUGUUCAAAAGGCAAUCGUAUUAGACGAUAAAGAUUCAGGUGGUCUAGUAAAGCAAUUGAAUAGUAAUGCUGAGGACGGUGACGUGCUUCAGUGGGAUAACCUGCAGGGGGGUACUUUCAAGAUAUUGCGUGAUAAACCUAUUGACACAACGGAAACUCCUCGAAAGGGCAACAAUGGGCCGGAGGAUGCGAGGGGAGACUCUGAUGAAGACGUGUGGGAAGAUGUAGAGCUCAAGCCUAAGGACGUCAAGCUGGUAGAAGAUUUUUCUUUGAAGGCUGCAAGGUUACCUUAUAUGGACCAUUCAGUUAGUAAUGCGGGCAGUAAAUCGUUCUUGGAUAGAAGGUAUGAUCAGGCAUCACCCGUUAAAAAGACACCAACCAAGGUGAACAGAAUUAGUGUGAUAGAGGAGGAUGAGGAUGAUGAGGAUUACUUGAAACAAAUUGAGGAAAUUGAAAUCAUGGAGGCCAUGCAACGUUCCAAGAUGGAACAAAAAUCUAAAUCAGGUCGCGAACCAGAUACUGCCAAAAAAAUAGAUUCAAACGCUGAAGAGCCUUGUCUACCAAUAAUAGAGUAUGGAUUACCUGGAGGGCAGCCGGAUCGUAAACAAACAGACCAUGUGACAAAUUUGAAUAGGAAGUCAGGUUCAGUCAUUGAAAAGAACGACAAAGCAACCAUUUUUGAGUUCAGACCACCUUCUACACUGAAAGGUGAAGAGGUCAUGUUAACACAAGGGGAGCAAAAUUUGAAUUUCAUUUCUCAAAAGAUACCGCAAUUUGAUUUCAAUAGUAAGAGCUCCCUCCUUUUCCAAAAUGACACCAGCGGUCAAACUGCUGAAGAAGAGCCGAGAGAGAAACCUCCAGUUCCCGAAAUGCCGAGCUGGUUUUCUUCAACCACCUCCCAGCAAUCCUAUAACCCCUAUAGUACCACCAAUUUUGUCGAGGAUAAGAAUGUAAUAAACGAACGGGAAAGUGGAGCUGGAGCUGGAGCUACCGCCAAUGGGAAUAGCUAUGAACUUUUGACUGGUCUGAGUGCCGCUGAAUUACUACAAAGGGAAAAUGUGAUUGAAGAGAGUCCGAUUGAGGCAAAAAGUAACGACGACUUAGAAGUUUUAUCAGAUGAGGUGUUUGAAGAUGUAACCCUCACCAAAUCUGCAAACGCCGUAAAGUAUAUUGAUGAUGAUGAAAAUGUUGAAUCUUCAAAUAAUGAACGUAGAGAGCCCCUAGCCUUUGAUUACGAUUUUUCCGAGGAAGAAGAAGAUAACAUAGUAGAAAACAUGAUAAAGGAACAAGAAGAAUUUGAUGCAUUCAAGAACACGGCCCUAUUGUCUUCCAGUGGAAGAGACAUUGCCGAUAGCGCCUUUAUGGAAGAUGAGCUAUUUGAACAACAGAUGAAGGAUAAAAGAGACUCUGAUGAAGUGACUUUAGAUAUGAUCAGAGAAGUGCAAGAAUUACUUUCCAGGUUUGGGAUCCCAUAUAUUACAGCACCCAUGGAAGCUGAAGCACAAUGCGCGGAAUUGCUACGACUCAAACUUGUUGAUGGUAUAGUAACCGAUGACAGUGAUGUUUUUUUAUUUGGAGGGACGAAGAUCUAUAAGAAUAUGUUCCACGAAAAGAACUAUGUUGAGUUUUACGACGCAGAGUCCAUACUAAAAUUAUUGGGGCUGGACAGGAAGAACAUGAUCGAAUUGGCGCAACUUUUAGGUAGUGACUACACAAAUGGGUUAAAGGGCAUGGGCCCUGUUUCAAGUAUUGAAGUGAUUGCAGAAUUUGGCAGCUUAAAAAAUUUCAAAGACUGGUACAAUAAUGGGCAGUUUGAUAAACGUAAGCAAGAAACGGAGAAUAAGUUUGAAAAAGAACUAAGAAAAAAAUUGGUAAAUAAUGAAAUUAUUUUGGACGACGAUUUUCCAAGUGUAAUGGUUUAUGAUGCGUAUAUGAGACCAGAAGUGGAUCAUGAUACAACAUCGUUUGUUUGGGGGUUGCCAGAUCUGGAUAUGCUACGUUCAUUCAUGAAGGAUCAGUUAGCUUGGCCAUACGAAAAGUCCGAUGAAAUUCUCAUACCCCUGAUUAGGGACGUUAAUGGUCGUAAAAAGAAGGGGAAACAAAAAAGAAUUAAUGAAUUUUUUCCUAGGGAAUACAUAUCUGAUGAUAAGAGGCUUAGUACAAGUAAAAGGGUGACGACUGCAACAGGUAAACUAAAAAAAAGAAAGCUGUGA